UAAGUCAAGCUAAGCCCAAGUCAAAUAUCGGCUUGGCUUGUUGGACUCGCUGAUCCUUGUCUUAUAAGUACAUACCUACCUAAGGUAACCAAACAAUGGCUGAACUUCCAGACGCAUCACAACCCCCGAGGACGACAACGACAACGACAACCCCGAAAUUGAGGUCCUCAUGCGACUCGUGCGGAUCGGCCAAGGUCAGAUGCGACCGUAGUCGGCCCAAAUGUCGCCGCUGCGUUACCCUCGGUAUUGAUUGCGUAUACGGCAUCUCACGCAAGCUCGGGAGAGUACCAAGAAGGGGGCUCUCCACAAACAUCAAAUUUAGAGCUUCAAUCGGAACCUCUGGGCAGACACAGACAUUACAAUCCGACGAUAACUUAGGUGGUUCUGAAAGCACAGUCUUUGAGGAACCAAGGCGGGUACAUAGUGAAGCAGAAGAGUCGUUUUCGGGUCCGGGAUGUGAGACAUCGCUACCCGGCAGUAAUAUUGAUGCGCCAUCGUCAAACACUUAUGGCCAUAACCAAUUUGGAUUAGAUAUAUUCAACCCUCUAGCCAUGGAUCAGUGGCCUCAAUUUGAUGUGUUAGAUUUUGGCAUUCGCACCGCAUCCUCACCAAAAGAUUCAACUGCCGAAGCUGGGAUCCGCAAGGCUUCAGAUACUCGCGCAUCUCACAGUUGCGCCCGAGAGUCAUACGAGAUCUUUGCAGAUUCGAUCUGCCCUGCUCCGGAUCUACACGCUCCUGAUACUAACUCAGACACUGUAACAGCUCGCCUGGAUCAGGUACUUCACUUCAACAGGAAGGCAAUCGACCGACUUAGCGGCCUUCUAAAGUGUUCUUGCGCUAAGUCUGGGCAUCGAAUUAUGGUUCACGCAUCAAUCAUCUCUCGCAUUUUGAUCUGGUAUCAGCAGGCCGCUGGAUGGCCGUGUAGCACUUCACUAGAGACCUCGCCAGCCGAUGUGCUAGAUAAUAAUGGCGGCGCCAUCUCCUCUUCGGCUUCUUCACCUUCUGAACCCAACGAAGCAACAGGCACUGGCUCAUCUAAAUUGCGGAUAUUGCCCCGCACCACAGGCUUCGUCGUUACUGGCGUGCCGGCUACGCUAGGAACAUUCAGCAUUGAAGAUGGGAAAAUGCAAGCAGUAAUCAGGAAUCAUUUAGUUCUAAGCGAGCUCAGCAGGAUGUCAACUCUUAUUGAUCUUUUCAGUUCUCAUUUCUCGGGGGAGUUGUCAGUUGCUGGCACUAGUGGCCUUUAUACGUAUAUCGCAGCGUGGCUUCGGAAUGAGUAUGAUAAUACCAUUAGAGACCUCAAAGCUGACCGGAUUUCGCUGCGUGAUGCUUUAUAUAAGGUAUCCAGUUGAGCGAAGUAAUAUGUAUUCUAGUCGCAAUUUCAUCCUCCCGUGAAGUACAUCCUCAUCUUUUUAACACCAAGUUAGAUCCUACCCCUUAUCCCUUACCACCUUUCUGCACUUUCUGGCGUCCUAGUUUUUAAUCUAUAUACGAUUGGCCUUAUAAGAGCAUUUCUCUUGUUCCCUUGUAUUCAAUCUAAGCUGUCAGUUCAAAAUGUAAGUCGAAGAUUUUAGCCAUCUACGCGUUCGGGUUCUAAAGGUUGAACCCUAUUGGUCAAUUCAACUCCGUUAAGGAAAUUCCCGAA